AUGGUGGGUGAAGAAUAUGAAAAGAAGGAUCCAUCUCAAGAUGAUGCAUUGGGGGGAGGUAAUGGUCAAUAUGUAAGAGGAACAAGUGCAGACAGUAACUGCGUCGGCGGUGUGAAUAAUUAUAUGUAUAGGAAGAUGAGGGAAGAGAGGAACCACAGUGGUAGUCACCACCGUGAGGAGGAAUAUAACCAUAAUGACGAGAAUGAAAAUGAAGAGGAAAAAAUGGGAGACGAUGAGGAUAUGAUGAUAGGUGAUGAGGGAACUUCCUACAAACGGAAUAAAGCAUCCCUAUCCUGCUACGAAAAUAAUAAUAGGAAAACGCUCUACAGACACAACGUAUUAAAUGAGGAGCAAAAAAAUAUCGAGUUGCUACUUACUAGACAGAAAAAUGUAGAGCAUCUUGAAUCCAUAAAUUUUGACGACAUGAUGAAAAACAACCUCUUUAGUUCCUUCCACGAUAGCUACAACCAUGGUGAUGGAGGGGCAUGUGAUGAUAAUGUGCAUGGGAGUGGUGGUGAUAUGAACAGGGGAAACAAACUUAGAGUGAGUAAGCGAGUGGCGAAGCAGGGGGACUCCAAAAGGAAUAACUGCACUCCGGACGAGCUGGACAUAGCCAACCUCGCAGAUAUGCUAUACAAGAUGAAGAAGGAGGAGUACCGAAUGCAGCCCGAGGACGAGGAGGCAAACUAUGAGUUGUCUCGGGCCCGGGAGUAUGACGUGUCAUAUGACAUGUCCUAUGAUGGGCGGUAUGAUAGGCCUUAUGACAGGCGUUAUGGUGGGCCAUACGAUGCCUACUUCGAUCGGCACCGCAGUAGACGCGUGGACGGACCCCAUUUUAGGGCAUACGAUGAAUAUUAUGACGGUCGCAUGGAUUUCCAAGUGGGUCUUCCAGUUGACCGCCACGUCGACGAGCGAUGCGCGCAACGUUUCGAGGAGCACUACGAUGAGGAGAUGAUGGACGUGCGGGAACAGAACUACCGAAGAAGGCGAGCCAUGGAAGACUUCCGUGAGUAUAGAAAAAGGAGGCAGGAUGCUGUGGACACGUAUGAUGAUCGACGUUCACACAUGAUGCUAGGCGAAGGCAGUAGAAGGGCAGCAGACAUGAUUCUAUACAAAGGCCGUUUCAGAAAUGGAAGCGAGAGGUCAAGGGAAAAACAGCACCUUCAAAAUCAACAUCUACUACAUAAGCAGCUGAAUCAACAGCUGAGUAAGCAGUUGAACCAGCAACUGAGUCAGAAGCUGAAUCAGCAGCACAUGUAUUCAAACAUCGCCGACAUAUGCAAAAGUUAUAUAAAAAAUAUUAGUAGCAUUAACAAGGGCACAUAUAACGGUGAAUCCAAGGAACCUAUUUUUCGGUACCCCGGCGGAGGUGCCAGGCAGUAUGAUGAGCCGUACAGUAGUGGGGACCACUACAGCUGUGCGGACAGUUACAAGUUUGGCAUGGUUAGGAUGGCGAAUAGGGGAGGAGGCCCUGGUGGAAAUGGGCCCAGUUUGAACACCCCAAGUUACAGGGUCACAAAUGGCAAAGCGGUGAAUAAUCAGGAUUUGGCUGGCCACUUUCUCAGCAAAAGGAGGGUAAGCAGCUGGGAGAGGAAUAUUAGGGAAGCGAGCGGCAAACCUGGUACAGAUAAGCAGGUUGACGAUGACCAUAUGAAGGACAUCCAGCCCAGCUCCAUCCCCUCGAGUGGCCACCCGGCGAGUAGAAACCAAGAACAGGGUGCCCAGCAAAAGUCCAUGCGGAAUGUCCAUUUUUAUGAAAUCGACCCAAAACAGCCGAACCCAAAGUGCAGCAGAAACGAUUAUCGAACUAGCGAAAGAAAUAUAAUGCAAACAAACAAUGUGGAUCGAAGGAAUGUGGACCCACUGCUCUUAACCUACAUAGAUGAGGGGGAAAAUAACCUGGAGCAGAAAAAAAGGAAGAACAAAAAUAAACAGAGUAAUGCUAACAACGCAAGUGAUGUCCAGAUGGAAAUAAUUAUCCCUGAUAACUACGAUGGGAAAAGUGCCAAGGUGGGAGGAGGGAAUUCCUUUCUGCGGAUGAAAAACACAUCUCAUGAGAAGGCCCCCACGUCUAGCCUAUCCAAUGGUGUGAACAAUAACGCCAUCGCCAUUUCUAUCGGUAAUGAUACUAGCAGUGGAUAUGGUAGAGGUAAUGGUAAAGGCACUGGCAACCGCAGUAGCAGCCGCGGAAGCAGCCGAAGAGGCAACAGCAACAGUAAUAAAAAUGUUCGUAUGGAUCUGAGCGACCAAGCGACGCCUCGUCACCAUGCCGGACACGCAGGGGGGAAAGAAAUUCCUAUGGAAAUCAUAAAGUACUGCAAGGAAAACAACCUUAUCCUGAAUAAGGACAUAAAGGAUUUGUUAAAGUACUACAGCGAGGCACCUCAGAGUGGGGGAUUACUGAACGAUUGCACCAAGAAGAGGGUGAACCCCUAUAUGCUACUGGAGCAAGCGAGCAGCGAGAUGAGUACAAACAACGCUUUGAAUAAUACCCAUAUUGGAAGGCGAGGAAUGUUCAAUAACCUCUGCACCAAUCAUGCGGGUAGUAUCCCCAUCAGGAGUGAAAACAAAGCAACCGCAAGCGUUAAAGGUAAUAAGCAUACAAAGAGCAAUGCAAAUACGCUUCAAAGAAAUUGUGGACCACAACUGGGCAAGUAUAAAAGUAAAAUUCAGACUAAUCUGUACCUAGUCGACAGUAGUACUAGUAGUAGUAAUGGUAAUGAUAAGACGGGCAUUGGUGUUGCUUCAAUGGAGAGGAAUGAUUCUUCACCUCAGAGCUUCAUCUCUUUGACCAAUGAUGAGGGGGAUGUAGGGCCCAACGGUAGUAGUAACGCUGCGGACAUACGCAAUAGUAAUGCCAAUUUGAGGGUCAGCAGGAAGGGAAGUAAGAAGCACAGCGAGGCGAGUUGCGCGGCCGUGAAUCGUGGUCCUAGGAAUGGAGCUAGUCUAGUCAGGGGAGCGACACCGAACAAUUUGAAGAAAGCUUUCCUGAUGCAGGAGAAGGGUGCAAGUAGCAACGCGAAGAAGUUGAGAAUCCCCCACAGCUUCAACAUCAGUGGCGGUAACAAGGGCUACAGCCGCACCCGCUACAACCUCGAAGUGGCGGGCAUGCCGAUGAAGGAAGAGGACCUCAUGACGCUGAUGAACGACUACUACGAGGACGUGCUGAAAUGUUACGAGCAGUAUAGUCGAGGCGGUUUGGAUGACGAGAAGACCUUCCACUUGUGCGAUUACUGUGAGCAAAACAUUUUUAAUUUAAAUAACUUGGUAACCGCAAGUCAAGCCAAAGAACAUCUGUACACAUGCAACAUAUCAUGUGGGAGGACGUUCCACAUGAAGUGCGUGAGUCACUUCAAACCAAGGGGAAACAAUUUUAUAUGCUUCUUCUGUUUGUACGACAUAAACUUCUGUUCCUUGUGCAAAGAGUUUGCAACCAAUGAUGGACUCAUCCCUUGUUACUACCCACUGUGUAGUGUAUUUCUACACAGCCAGUGCGUUGAAAAGCUGCAACUGAUGCAUACAGAUUGCUUGAAGCAGUACUACUAUUGUACACAUUUGGUUGAACCCAAGUCGAGAAGUAAUAGGAACGAGGGGGCAGGGUGUCAUUUGGAGGACGGAACGAAGAAGGAAUCCACAGGGGGAAAGAAAACAAAGAAGAAGCGAAAUUACUGCAGAAAAAAGAAGCGGUGUGGAAAGAAAAAAUACGCCACGUUAAAUAAAAAAAUUGACAAGAAUGAGAAGAGUGAGAAAGCAAGUGAAGUAAACCAGGGGAAUACAACUGGCAAUUACAAAAAUGAAACAUGUGUGAAGGAAGUGCCCCUUCAUGGUAAGGAAGAAAUGGACACCCCCCACAAUAAUGAUACCCCAGAAGGAAAAAACGAGGUAGCCAAAGUGGAUGAAUUGCCUAAAGACUCUACCGGACAUUUAAAGCUUAGCAAAUAUAUAUGCCCCUUACAUAUAUGCUACGUGUGCAAAGAAUUUUAUAUCAUCAAUUUGGAAAAGGUAAAGAAUAAAAGAAGCAAUUGUCUGUUCAGGUGUCUAAUGUGCCUCAAGUCAGUUCACCUCCAUUGCAUGACUGACAAUUAUAUUAUUUCAUUUAAGCAGAAAAUUAUGUUUUGCUCAAGUCACAUUGAGUAUUAUAAGAAGAAGCACAUGGAAAUGUUACUUAGUCGGUUUGAAAAACUCACCAAAGGUGUGGAAGAGGACAACCUUUCCCGUGUUAGGGGUCUGGUUACCGUUACGAAUCCAACGAGCAUUACCUCCACGACGGGUCAUAAAAAAAAAAAGGGAAGCAGCGGCAGCAGAAGUGUCAGCAGAGGUGCCCAGCGAAGUGACUCUCAUCCCUUAACCCUACCUCCCCAACCUAUGGGCGAAAAGGACAACAUGGCACGUUCCUCCAGCAGGAUUACGAAUCCUGAAGGGGAACCCACCCACCUAGGGUUAAAUCAGUUUGAGAAAGGCAACAAUACAAAUGUGCUUCCUCCAUCUUGUGAGGAGGAAGAGGCACAGAAUGUUGAGCCACCGGGGAACAUAAUAAAACCCGGCACCUUCCAAAACGGUGUUAUAACAAAUGGGGAAGAUAAGCAAAUUUUCGAAGGAGAAAAUGAUAGAAGUAGAAUUGCUCGUAAUAUUCCUGUCAGCAGUGUUGUACCCCAUAACUUGGGCCAGAAGAAGGAGAAGGAAAGAGUUAUAUUUGACUUAACCAAUGAAGAGGGUCAAAAACAAGGCCUCCACUUUAGAGAUGAAUUGCAGAUGAGGAAUUCUGGCGAGGAGUAUGAGUCGAGCAAGUGGGUUGACAAGGACAUCCCCCUAGUGGUGGAGUCCACGAAGGGGAAGAACCCUUACAUGCAGGAAGACCUUCAAACAAAUGCAAGUAGUAGUGAAGUCCCCCCCAACGGUAUUCAUAUUACCCUGUCGUCAUACCGCAGUUACAAAGGAAAUGUGCAGCCAGUGAGCGAAAUCGUUGGCGCUGCGCAAGGAGAAAAGGAGGCGAUCCAUAUGGAGAUGAAAAACGGCACGAUGGGUGAACAGGCAAAGGAACGCCAAAACGAAAAUGAAGAAAUGAAUGAAGAAAUGAAUGAACAAAUAAAUGAAACAAAAAAUGAUGGAACAAAUGAAGAACGAAAUGAAGGAAGAAACGAAGAAAGAAACGACGAUGCAAAUUUUAAAAACAAAAAAAGGAAAGGUUCAAAUAUUAACGACAUUGAAAUAUUGAAGAAUUACAAUUUGGACAUAAACAUGUUGAGCGAUUUUACGAAGAACCACCCAGAGUCCAGCAUAAUACAGAAUGUUAAUUCUUUAGCGAAGCGGAUCUGCGUCGCUAGUGGCACAGCUGAGGGGGGGGAGGCCGUGCCAACUGUCGUUGCCAGGGUGGAGAAGAGUCCCCUCGACGCUGUCGCCGUGCAAGGUGGAGCGAAUCAAAUUUGCAGCAAAGGGGUGAAUGCACACAUAAAAGAGAGACAGUCAAAGGGAGGGGAAGCCGUAGCUACGCGAAACUUGAAAAAUAUUAGUAGUUGGAAAAUGGAGCAAUUGUGUAAGAACCUGUUAUCUCCUAAGAAGAUCUGCGACAUGUACACAAGGGAACACUUCCAAAGCGAAGCGGAAUAUAAUUAUUACGUCCUGAUUAAGGUUAGGAGAAUUCUGCACAUGGAGAAGUCGCUGUUGGCUUUAAACGAAAUGAACCCAAAAAUGAUAAGUGAAGAGUGUGAAGAGUACAUAAACAUCUUGUGCACCUUUCGGGAGGACUUUAUAAAUUUUGUUAUUUUUCUUUUUAAGAAGCGGAGCCCUGGUGAAGCACUCACUGUGGGGUCUAAGGGGGACCGCCAAUAUGGGUCACACAGUGGGUUACAGAAUGGUUGCUCAAAUGAAGCGCCCAUCGAGUACAUAACUGGAGAGGAAAAAGAGACCCACAAGAAUGGAGCCAAACUAUCCACACCCCAGUGUGUAAGUAAAAAUCAAGGCAGAACGGCCAGCAGUAGAAAAAAUUUGGUGAAGUGGGGCCAACGUAGUAAUGAUGCCACCCCGAGUGUAACUGAUGGCAAAGUAGAAGAGUGCGUGUUGGAUCAGGAGGUAAAGAAGAACACGGUUCGUGAAAACACUAACCAGUAUGCGAGUAGGGAUAAAUAUGGAGAUGGAGAAGAAGCAGCUGUGGAUGUGGUCGCCGCUAACGGAGCCGCUGCUUAUGAAGAACGGGGCUGGAGGAAAAACGAGGAGGAGAAUAUUAAAUGGGUCUCCAACGAUUUGUUGAACAUAUUAUACAAGGAGCUCAAAAACACAACCAGCAUUAUUGGGCCCACUGUGAAUGAAAGAACGCGUCAAGGAUUACGGCUGGGCAAGAGUUUCCAUGUGGAGGAUGACUUACAAGGUGUAGUAGACCUUAACAGAGUAACAGUAGGGUCUGGCCUUGAGAACCGAACCUUGUGCAUGAGGCAAAGUAGGUGUUUGAAUGACGAGCUGAAGGGGAAAGGGAACCUUCCCAUGGGUAGUAAAAAAGGAGACACUACAGAGUGGGGUGAAGAAAUAGGUAGCGGAAGAUCCUUUGGUGGAAGAAUAAACGCACGAAAUGGUGGUGACGUGAAAUCAGCACACAUGUUGCAUACCUUGGAGGGUAGAUCAAACCAGGUGAAUGAUUAUAAUGGAGAAGUGGAUGAGGACAUUGGAAAGGGAAAGAGAAAAAUUUUCAAAAAUGGAAAAAUGGAUUUAGCGGAUUUUUCACAGCUAAUGAAAAAUGGAUGCAAACUAGAUGUAAGCUUUUUAAAAAAGUACAGUUUCUAUUGGAACUUUGAAUACAUUUCCACAAAUAUAUAUUUGAAUGAUCAGAAUAAACAUUUAUUGUCAUGCAAAUCUGAUGACUACAGAUGUUUGUGCCAGGGGGAGUGUAACCCCUUCACUUGCUACAAUUCACUGAGCAAGAUUCAGUGCUCCAAGAGCAGGUGCAACUUACCAAUACAGAUUCAGGACAAAAAGUGCUUUAACCGGCCAUUCAGGCAGUCCGCGGUGAAGGACUUAGAGAUUAAAGAGACAGAACGAACUGGAUAUGGCGUGUUUUGCAAGCGGGACAUAAAGAACGGGGAACUUAUAUGCGAAUACGUUGGGGAGGUGCUUGCGAAGAAAGAAUUUGAGGACAGGAUGGAAUCGUACCAGGAGGAAAGCAAAAAGGCUGAUAUGUACAACUGGUACUCAAUUCAGAUUAAUCGUGAUGUCCACAUUGAUAGUAGGAAGAAGGGAAACAUUUCCAGAUUUGUGAACCACUCAUGUUCUCCCAACAGCGUUUCACAGAAGUGGAUUGUGCGAGGGUUCUACCGGAUUGGCAUAUUUGCCCUGCAGGACAUUCCCGCCGGGGAAGAAAUAACAUACAACUACAGCUACAACUUUGUGUUCAACAAUUUCGAGUGUCUGUGCAACUCUGCCAACUGCAUGAACCACACCAUGAAGAAGAAGGAAGAGACGGAAAACGAAAUGAGUGAUAUUGAAAUAAAGGACAAUGACAUAUUCAACCCGAUAGAAAAUUUCAACAAUCUGCACAGGAAGAUGCAGGACUGGAUUGUCAACCUAGACACUGUAGAAACCAAAUCAUUAUACAAGUAUAAUAAAAUGAACGCCAUUAAUUUAAGGCUAAUGGAAUGUUUUUCCACUUGGGUUUUUUAUGACAUGAAUUUGGACAAGCAUCAAUUUUCAUCCCUGAGGUCUAAGCCAUUUAGUGCUCUGAGCGAAUUUUGGAAAAUCCUGGUUUCGUCCUUUUCCGAUGGGGAGAAGAAUAUGAUAAAUGGCUUCAAUUUGUUUUUGCCCUCUCUGAUCAAGAUUGGCCAGCUGCGCAGGAUUCAGCAGUAUAGCUACAUCCUGCACAACAUUGUGGGCGCGGAGCACGAGAUGUGGAAUCUCAUCGACAAGGGAUUUGCGGACGACGAGGUAUGCAGGAAGUGCAAAGGCUGCGGCAACCUCACCAUGUGCGAUAAGUGCUUUAACAGCUACCACCAGAUUUGCGGAAGCAUGCACUCCAAGGUUUACAAAAACAACGAAUUAGUGUUGUGCAAAUUUUGCCAAAAGUAUGAUUAUAAAAUAAAGUGGAUUAAGCAAAGCUACAGAGAACGAAUGAAGUGUUCCAUUGAGAUUAGGAGUAGAGCCUUUUACAAACUAAACAGGGAUAUCGUCACGCUGCUCGAACAGGCGGUAAAGUACACCAAGGACAUGUCCAUGUCGGCCAUCAACGAGCACAACUCCAAGGAGUAUAACAACAAAAAGCUCCGCCUCAAAAAGUUCCAGUACAAGUAUGUCAAGAUAUGA